GAGGUUAGAAAUGGAGGUGGGAAAUAAUAAGGAGAGAGAAUGGAAGUUGUAUUAUUUGUGGGGCAAAAGCCAUGAUUCAGAUAAUUGGAGCUUCCUGACAUAAAGUCAUGAUUGAACUCUCCACUCCCACCCAUUUUCCCUCCUUUCUAUAUAAUCCCUCCACACACAUCUCUUCUCCACUUCAUACUCACCCAUUAACUCUCUCACAAUACCUCAUUCAUUUCACCCAAUCUCUCACCAAAAUCCAAUUAUCUUCUCUCACAAGGCUUAUCACGUUAUUUGAGAUGACGGCUGAAAAGGAGGAUUUGGGUUUGAGUCUAAGCUUGAGCUUCCCUCACAACGCUCCAACUCCUCUUCAUCUCAUUCUUCUCUCCACUACUUCAACUUAUUCUUCUUCUCCUUCAAGCCACAACCUUCACAAACCCUCUUGGAACGACCCUUUCGCUUCUUCAGGUGAAGCUGGAUCGUUCCUCCGCGGAAUCGAUGUGAACCGGUUACCUUCUGCGGUUGAUUGCGAAGAGGAAGCGGGUGUCUCGUCUCCAAACAGCACGGUUUCCAGCGUGAGCGAAAAGCGUAGCGAGAGGGAAGCCAAUGGGGAAGAAGAGCACGACACAGACAGAGGUUGUUUCAGAGGCAUCAGCGACGAAGAAGAAGGUGAAAAUUGUAGAAAGAAACUUAGACUCUCCAAAGACCAAUCCAUUAUUCUGGAAGAGAGUUUCAAAGAACACAGCACUCUUAACCCGAAACAAAAGUUGGCACUGGCGAAACAGUUGGGUCUUCGAGCAAGACAAGUGGAGGUGUGGUUCCAGAACAGAAGGGCAAGGACGAAGCUGAAACAAACGGAGGUGGACUGCGAGUUUUUGAAGAGGUGCUGCGAGAAUCUGACGGAGGAGAACAGAAGGUUGCAGAAGGAAGUGCAAGAGCUCAGAGCAUUGAAACUUUCCCCACAGUUUUACAUGCACAUGACUCCACCCACCACUCUCACCAUGUGUCCCUCUUGUGAGCGUGUCGCUGUUCCCCCUUCCGCUGCCGUUGAUACCGCCGCGCGUCACCGUCACGUGCCCCAGACCCACUCUCGGGCCUUCCCCAUUGGCCCAUGGGCCACCUCUGCCGCUCCUAUUUCACACAGGCCCUUCGAUGCGCUCCGUCCCAGAUCUUGACUCGCGGAAAGAAAACGACAAAAUUAAAAAAAAAAAAAAAGUGGGGGAAACGGUUGCAAUAGUAUCGGAGCCAUGAAUUCUGCGUUCAAAGUGUGGUCUAAGAUAUGGUGGUUAGGAAAACUGAUUUUGUGGGUCUCAAAUGUUUUGUACCAGUUUGACCCUUCGUCUUUUCUUCUGGGUUUCGGGAGCAUGACCUGGUCUAGCUAGUUUAGUUAGGUUUUUUUAGUCUCUAAUACUUACUGCGUUAAAAAAAAAACUCUCGGAGGAGACUUUGUUGUAAAGUUCAAUGGUCUUGAUUAAUUAAUUAAUUAAUUAAUUAUAUGUAAUAUAGCUUUGUUUUUGUGUAA